AGGUGAAUACCAUCUUGAUCUCAUAGUAGGCUAUGGAGCAGUGCCAGUGAUUGUGCCCCGUGUCAAUGGGGUCCACAUGUUACUGGACAGCUUCGAGCCCAUCCAUGGAGUUCUGCUCUGUGAAGGAGAAGACAUCGACCCAUCGCUGUAUGAAACAGAGGUGGAUGUUUCAGGCCUUUCACCAGAAGAAUUGGAAGAAAUCAGGAGGCUUCAUGCAAGUGACACAGCCAUUGACAAAGAAAAAGACUCCAUUGAAAUGAGACUGGCCAAGCUUUGCCUUGAAAGGAACAUACCCUACUUGGGCAUUUGCAGAGGCUCACAAGUCUUGAAUGUGGCAUGUGGAGGUACCCUUUACCAGGACAUAGAGAAAGAGCUCUCCAAAAAACACAACGAAAAUUAUGAGUUAGAGCCUCAAAAUGGGGUUCAAGUUCAACAUAUUAAUUAUGAUGAUUAUGAUGGGCACAGGCAUGCGGUGAAGGUGGUGGAGGAGACCCCCUUGCAUCAAUGGUUUAAGGAGUCUGUGGAAAAAGAGGGGAAGAUGGAGAUUUGGGUUAAUAGUUAUCACCACCAAGGUGUUAAGAAAUUGGCUCAGAGGUUUGUGCCAAUGGCAUUUGCACCAGAUGGUUUGAUUGAAGGGUUUUAUGAUCCAGAUGCUUAUAAUCCUGAGGAAGGUAAGUUUAUAAUGGGGCUACAAUUUCAUCCAGAAAGAAUGAGGAGGCCAGAUUCAGAUGAAUUUGAUUACCCUGGUUGCCCAUCUGCUUAUCAGGAAUUCGUGAAGGCAGCAAUUGCUUACAAGAACAAGGUUAAUAGCUCAACUUCAGUGCCACAACCUUUGAAGCUUGAUGGUGAAAUGGAGAUAAAGAGAAAGAAAAUUGUCAGAAGUUUCUCAAUUGCAAGAAACAUAUACAGUGGAGGCCUAGGAAGUGGCUUGCAACCAAUCAAGGAAUCUGAACUUGAAGCUGGAGCAGAAUUCCUUGAGUCAAACACAGCAUUGAGCUUACAGCAGGAGAACAGGCUAAAGCAAAUGGGUGCAACAGUGAGAAAUGCAGGGUCCUACAUAGAG